GAGGAUUCGAACCCUGGUCUCCAGACCUGUAGCCCAACACUGCACCAUGCUGGUUCAUGAUAGACAGACAGAUAGAAUAGUUUAGAGAGAGAUGAGAGGAUGGAUGGAUGGAUGGAUGAGACAUAAAAUAGAUUAGAGACAAAACAAAUUACUGUAGAUAGAUUAGGUAGGUAGGUAGAUGAAAGACAGAAUAGAUUGACAGAUUAGAGAAAUGAGAGGGAGGAUGGAUGGAUGGAUGGAUAAUAUAGAUUAGAUAUACAGAUUAGAUAAUAGAACAUUGUACCUAUCUUCAAGAUGGCUUCCAAAAUCCCAUCAAACUACUUGUUAAGGGUGGCAGGUUUUCAAAUUAUAAAUUUUUAAAAUGAUUUCUGCAAGCAAUGAGCAGCUGGAGUGCACCCCCUUUCCAUCCCUCCCUCCCUCCCUCCUUCCUUCCUUCCUUCCUUCCUUCUCCACUGUUUGCAGGUUUUUGGAGGGACCCAGGAGGAGUGCCUUCUCACUGCCUUCUGCAAAACCCCAUCAUCCCCAAGCCCUCAGCAGCCUGCCUCCCAGCCCAGCUGGCCUGCUUUGGGUUGCUAGGGGGAUGGUUGCCAAGAGGUGUGUAUGUCAAACAAUGAUGCCACAAGCCCAUCUCCUCUUACUUACCUGCCAGCGGGAGGGUGAGUCUCUCUUUCUUCCCCAAGCUGGCCUUGGGUGGGAAGAACUACAGCCCCGCGAUGGAGUUCCACGGGUUGAACUACCGGGAUUUGGUGUUAAAUCGGCCGUAUGUCCCUCAGAGCAUCUUAGAGACCGACUUCCCCACUCCACUUUACAGUGAUGAGUACAUUUCACUGAGGGGCCCGCGAAAUGCCCCCAUCAUAAAGGAGGCUGUUCGCUGGAAAUGUACCCCCAUGGGGAGGGAUGCCAUCCCUCAGACUUGGUAUACGGGCCUGACCAACAGUCACAACCGCGAUGCCUGGUACACUCUCACCAACGACAUCGGCCGGGAGACUUACCACCGCUGGCAGAAGUCCCACGCUGAACGGGAGAAGACCUUACCACCUGCUUAUAGGCAGCGUUUACGAGACAGCAGCUGGUAUGAUCCAAUUGUUCCUGCCCAGUACUCGGAUCCGACUACACGAUGGGGUGCCUUUCUGUGGAAGGACAAGUCAGUCCUUGGGAAAGAAUAUGUUGUCAACCGCAACCGCUGUGCCGAAGAGUUGCAUGGAAAGCCCGGCUACGUCCCUCACUUGUCUCUCCACACCCCUGAGUUCACCCGAAAGGACUAUCGCACUUGGAGGAUGUUUCGUCACCAACCGUCCACCAACAACCAGUAAAACCUCUUUCCGCUGCUUGGCAUAUGAGAAUCCUCCUUCUCACUGCAAGGCGGGAGGAGUGAGUUUCCUCCAAGACAUGGGGUCCAUCCCUCUUGCCAUACAGGGGCCCACCAAAUAUUUGGGGGCCCUGCGGCCGUCACAUAGCCCUCUUGCCAUGAAAUGGGAGACGGGAAGAGAGAGCCAGCCUUUUUGGCUGUGUGUACAUUGUCAGGUGGGACUCCCUGCCACUGGAUGAAACCAUGGCAUUUGAAUGUGGUUUAGUGUGUGUUUGUGUGCUAGAGACCUUCCUGGAGCAGAAGCAAGCCUCCUCUUAAACUUGCACCCUGGAAGGUUUAAUAAAGAAAAGGUGCUACCUCCAAGGGAAAAUAGCCAAAUUUUGAUCUGCCCCAAAAUCGCCUUUAUUUAUUUAUUUGUUUUUAAAACAACACAUGGAGAAAGUAAAGAGGGAAUCCCCCUCAUUUCUCAACACCAUUUGCUCCUUUCUUUGAUAGAUUUUCAGAGUGUUUCAGAACUAAGAAGCUGAUCAGUAUGUUUGCUCUCCCCAAGAUGUACCCUUCCAAUUUCUUCUUCUCAGACAUCUCACAUGAAGUCUGGAGGAUCCAGCCCUCCCCGUUUAUCCCUGACACCCCGGACUCAGCGGUAAACUACUUGUGAACAGUGGUGGCUUAUGGUGCCCAUGUCAGUGGAGCAAUGAUUCCAAUGCCAGAUUUUCAUCUUGGUUUUAAGGGUGCUCUCCAAGGUGUUGAAAUGGGAGAGCUCCAUUGAGGAUCCCUCUUGGGUUCUUGGAGAGCUCCAUUGUGGGUCCUUCUUGAAUUCUCAUCUUGGAGAGUUCCAUUGAAGGUCUCUCUCUUGAGCCAGAAACUUGGAGAGCUCCAUUGAAGGUCUCUCUCUCUUAGACCAGUGCCUGGGAGAGCUCCAUUGAGAGUCCCUCUUGGGUUGUCAUCUUGAAGAGCUCCAUUGAGGGUCUUUCUUGAGUCAUUAUCUUGGAGAGUUCCAUUGAAGGUCCCUCUUGGGUCCUCACCUUAGAAAGCUCCAUUGAAAGUCUCACCUUGGAGAACUCCUUUAAAGCCAGCACAAGCAUGGGAUGGAUUUACAGCCCCACCAACAUGAGAUCCACUAGCCUCUGAAUAUGAAGCCCCAAUUGUGGCAUUACCUUUGUAAAAGAACACUGCCCCACAUGCCAUCCGAAAUCUGGUCGCAGAGGUGCUUUACAUAUCAUAAUCACACCUUAAAAACAUUUAAUUAUAUAUUAAUACUUUCUGCAAGAUGGUACAUUUGAUUUAAACACACAAACAGAGAAACACCGUUGGGACCAAAGAGCGCUUUUGCUCUUGAAAUCCCUUUAAAUAUAGGGUGGAGGACCUUCUGAACUUCCAGGUCCUUUGUACUGCUUAUACCUAGUGGUUAGGGUUGGAAACGUUGGCAUAGCCUGUAUUUAAAAUACUUCUGCAUUUUCUUUUAAAGACCGUUUAUAAGCAAGAACAAUUAGUAUUAUAAAUAUAUAUAUCUUCGUGGUCUCUGCGAAUCACACAAAUGGGUUAUACUGCACUUGGGCAGAGCUGUAUAGCUCAUUUGUGUGAAUAUAUAUAUAGGCCCACUCUCCUUGCUUCCUCCAUGGCUGUGCAGAAAAAAUACACCUGAUAAGUUGUCCCGACAAAAGAAGUCUACCUUGAAGGCAGGAUAUCCUGGACCCUUUUUGAAUGACUCUGUAUUCAAUGUUCUUUAGAAGAAAAAGGAAAUUCUUUUGUUUUUGCAAGGCUGCUUAACAAAUAUUGGCCUCUUGUAGUCCUUGAGAAGCUUUGUCACACAGAGUUUAGGGUCAGAGGGCCACAGGAACCUUCUCUCUUUCCAACUUCUGACCAGCAGAAAGGUGGACGGACGUGGGAGGACAGGCCGUGUCUCUGGAUCAGUCCUGGAUCCUACCUCAGGUUGCUUUAUACCUGCCAGGAAAGAAAAUUAGAAAGUUUUAUGCCUAGAGAUGGAUGAGUGAAGGUCAGAGAGGGCUUACAAGUUGAGUUGGUGGGACCUGGUAGACUAAGGCAAAGGGAAAUGUAGUGCUCUGAGCAACCUGUCUCCAAGCUCGGGCCUUGCAGUUGUGUUUAACUUGGAGUAAUAUUGGCUGGGGAUUUGGGGAGUUGUAAGCCAACACAUCUGGAAGGCUUCCAGGUGGACAAGUCAGGCAUAAGGGCUGAGAAUAGUAGAACCACUGUAAGCCUGACUUCCAAGUACAUUUGUCCCUCCCUAUUUGCUAGGGUUAGGGGCACAAGACCCCCGUGAAUAUGGAAAAACUGCAAAUAACAAAAACACCAUGUUUUUACCUGGGAGGACACCUCUCUAGGAAUCUCUAGGUCC